CUUUAUUCAUAACGACAUGGGGGACAGUUAUGUUUUCAGUAGCAACCGUUACUCUGAACUGUAUAGAGUCUGCGUUAAAUGUUGAAGUAUGUCCACUGUACUGGAUGAGACAGCAGCAGAUGUCCCAGUCAGAGACAUCGCUGUCAGCCAGCCCCGACUUACAGCUGGUCCCCAAGACUCGUCAGUGUAUCAAAAUGCUCGUGCGCGACAGGACAUCUCGCGGGUGUCCAGGGAGGAGCUGGAGGACCGGUUCCUGCGGCUCCAUGAGGAGACCCUAGACCUCAAACAGCAUAUUCACACACAGGAUGACAAGAUCAAGAAGCUUGGCACUAAGCUGAUGAGGCUGGUGAAGGACCGAGGUCGUAUGGAGCACCUUGCAGCAGGGGGAGCCCAUCCAGUUUCCAGGGUUCGGGACAUAGAGAUGGAGGAGAUGAUGGAGGAUCUCCAGGAGAAGGUCCGGGCCCUGCAGUCUGAGAACGAGGGACUGAAACAGCGUUUCCUAGUGGCCAAACAGCAGCUCAUCAACUCGCAGAACAGCAGGCCAUCGCCAUACGGCCACGUCCAGUCACGAGUCAACUCUGGAUUAAAGAAGCUGAGAGAUGACACCUCGUCUCCUUUUCUAACACGCCCAAAAAGUAUGAGGAGUUUAGAGGGGGGUGGGAGACCUCCGACUGGCCAGCUGCCUCGAUACGGGCACAGCCUGCUGGAGGAGGCGAGGGCCGAGAUCCGCAACCUGGAGAAUGUGAUCGAGUCCCAGCGGAGCCACAUGGAGGAGCUGGAGGGAGCCUCUGAGUUGCUGAGGGAGGAACUGAGGAAGAAGGAGGCAGAGUAUGAAGAGAGACUUCUCCAGGUCCGACAGCAACAGACCUCCAGACUGAGAUCACAUGUCAACAACAAUGUGAUGAUGAUGAAGCUGCAGAAGCAGCUGGCUGACAGGUCCAACACCGUGACAGAGCUGGAGGGUCGAUUUCUGCAACUACAGGAGAGUCAGCGGAUACUGAAGGCAGGUCAUGAUGCAGCCAUGCUGAAGGUUGACGAGCUGGCGGCUCAGCUGAAAGACGAGAGGCUGAAGAGUCUGGACCUGGAGAAACGGCUGCAGAGCUCCGCCAUAUCCAAGAUGACGAUGGAGCAGCUGCAGGAGCAUGUCAGUGAACUGGAGCAGGAGAGGGACCUGCUGAAGCAGAACAAUGAGAAACUGGUGAACAGCGCCUUUGAUGUGUCUCAGCAACAGAAAUGGCAGAUUCAGGAGCAGCAGCUGAAGCUACAGAUCACACAGCUUGAGACAGCGUUGAAGGCUGACCUCAUCGACAAAAAUGAAAUUCUCGACAAAAUCAAGGCAGAGAGAGACACAAAUGAGAAGCUGACAGAAGAAAACAAGAAGCUUCAAAUCCAGUUUCUAGAGCAGAAGCAAAAAGUGGAGGAGCUGAAUGGUCGUUUGAGGCUCUACAGCAGGGAGAACGAGUACGACGUGGCCGAACUCACCGAGGCUCUGCUGCUCAUUAGGACACGUAAAUCUCAGCAGAGUGGAGAUCUGGGCUUCCUGAAGGACGUGGAGGAGGGAGGAAGCACCACUGUCAGAGAGCUGCGAGCCGCUCACGCUGAAACCAUCCAGGAGCUGGAGAAGACCAGGAACAUCCUGAGCAUGGAGAGCAAGAUCAGCAAAGACUACAAGGCGGAGCUGGAAUCUGUGUUACGGAAGAUGGAGAGUGACAGAGGCGAGUACAAGCAGAAGCUGGAGCAGCAGGCCCAGCUGCUGGACACGAGGGCAGCGAAGAUCAAGAAACUGGAAGCUCAGCUCAAGGACAUCGCCUACGGCGCCAAAACCUACGUCUUCAAACCAGACAUCACAGACGAGGACGAGGCAGAUAAGUUUGAUGAACCUCUUCACCUGCAGCAUGGAGAGAACCUCCUGGAGCUACAGAUAGUCAGUGCCACGCUGUCCCCGUCUACCCUGGAGACUCUAGGCGACAGUGAACUCUCCACCUUCUUUACCUACUCCUUCUUUUCAUUUGGGCUGCACUCCACUCCAGUGGUGACGGGCCACAGCCCGAAAUAUGGCUUCACAUCCAAGUACGUGGUGGCCAUGGACGACCAGUUCCUCGACUAUCUCCACAGAUGCUCGGUCACUGUUGAGCUGCAUCAGGCCUUGGGAUUAGACUGGAGGACUCUGGCAUCCGGACGGAUACGACUGCAGCAGCUGCUAGAGCAAGACGGGAAAGUUUACGGGACCACACCGCUGGUCGGUGCCCAUGAUGAGGUGCACUCCUUCGGCUCUGUGGAUUACUGGUUGCGACUGCGGAUCCCCUUGACAGAAACCAUCCGUCUGUAUAAAGAGAAGGUGAAGCCUGUGGGCUACACGAGCACUGCACUAAGCGAGGAUGCACAGCCACACAGCAGCAGCUGGAAUGUACUGCUCGUCACCGUCCAGCGCUGUCGGGAUCUCCAGGCCAGAGGCUCCCAGCAGCUGAGUCCCUACGUGGUCUACAAGUUCUUUGACUUCUCCGACUACCCCACUGCCACCAUCCAUGACUGCUGUGACCCCCACUUCAGUGACCUCAAGUCCUACUCUGUCCUGAUGGAUGUAGAGCUGGAUCAGUACCUGAAGUCUGAGGCCCUUCAGUUCUAUGUGUUUGACUACAAAGAGGAGCAAAUGGACAUGUACCUGGGGAAGGCCAGGGUCCCUCUUCUGUCACUGGCUCAGGACAAAGGCGUCACAGGUGUGUUUGAGCUGACCGAUCCCUCUGGACUCCCUGCUGGACACAUCGAGGUGACUCUGAAGUGGAAGUUCCCUUACCUCCCUCCACCACGCUCGAUCAUUAGUGCUGAAGAGCCAGUGUUCAUCCCUAAAGACACACCUGUGCACGGACCUGCUGGGCUCAGCGAGGAGGCAGAGAACAAAGACAAACUCCUGACAGACACAGACCUGGAGGAGCUGCUGCAGGAGGAGAAGGAAGCCAGAGACCCCUCUCAUCACUCCACUUCUCUCUCCUCGAAGGCCCCGCUGCCAAAACCCAGAAGACAGAAGCCACAAAUUAAAGAGGGGCCGGCUGCCAAGAAAGUCACAUUUGUAGAUCCCGCAACUGCAGCUGACCAGGUUGUUUCAGAUGUGACUCCAGCUCCUCACAGUGCCGCAGAGGAGUUCAACGGGGAGGAGGAGGAGGAGUCUCACUUCUCUGAAGGACAGCUGGUCACAGCCAGCUCCCAGUCCUGCUCUGAUGACUCUGAAAUCUCCGAGGAAAUUAUUGAGGAUGUUGAGGAGGCCCCAGCUGCCAAAGAGGAUCAGUCGGACAGCGAUGACUGCAUUGUUCACGGACAGGCCACAGUGAGGAAGGCCUCGGAGCGAGUGCGGCUAGAGAUCGUGUCCCUUAGUCUGAAGCCGGGCUCUCGGGUGACCCGGGACAGCAGCGUGGUUCGCCUCUUUGUGGAGUACUCUUUCCUGGAUCUGCUCACAGAGGAAACCCCCCUGUCUCUGCCCAAACGCAUCAACUUAAACUACAGCAAAGUCAUUCCUGUGGAUGCUGAGAACAAUGGGCCUCGGCGACGGCUGCUCAGGCGAGUCCUGCAGGGACGAGACCCUGAGAUGGAGAGAAUCCGGUUUACAGUGGUGAGUGAGCCUCCAGAGGAAGAAGAGCAGGAGAAGGAGUGUGAGGAUGUGGGAGUUGCCUUCCUGAGGAUCCCCGAAAUCCUGGAGAAACAGCAGGACCUGACUGAUACCGGUCUCAGCGUUGUGGACGUGGAAGACGACAGCGAAGUGGUGGGCACUUUGACUGUGUCUCUGGAGGGACUGGAGGCUCUGCAGGCCAUCAUCAAGGACCAGGACCACGAGUGAACCCCUGUCUCCUCCCUGCUUCCAUCAGCAUGAGACAACACUGACUUGACAUCACCUUGACAAAAAAAACACCUGAAACACCAGCGAUACAUGUGAAGCAGAUCGUGUCACAGACAGCACUUGAAUGAUGAACAGCAUCGUCUCACCAUUCGGUUCAGCUGAUGCUUUGCCUUCACCCUGAGGUCGCACGUCCUCGCUGUGCACUGGGUUCAUAUUCUGUAGAUGCGAUUUGUGUCAGUGACUAUGUUGUUUUAAGUAAUUUAAGUUUUACUGAUUCUUUGCCCUGUCAGUACAGGUUUGAUCUUUCACAGGUCAAAAUAAACGUAGGAAAAACUGCGCUAUGUUUGAUUGAAAAGGAAUUCUGUAUGAAUGUUGAUGUCAGUCCACGCUGGCAUAUCCCAACAAGCACUGGUCGGGCUGCCAUGACACAGGCGUCUCUUGAUCUUGGAAAAAGCUUAAAGAGAAUUUAGUUAAAAGUUUCCCAAAAAUGGAGGUCUAGAAGAAAUGCUGAUGGCAGUAAGGGUCAGGUCAAAGACAGCUCUAGCAAUCAUUUGCACUGAUUCUCCAUCAUAAAUUCAUUCUUUGCUAUGAAAGUAUGGUAUUUAUAAAUAUGACAUUACAGUACAUCACACUGAAAUCCAACUGUAAAUCCCCAAAUCAGUGCUCGGUUUGAGGUUGAUGUGGUAAAAGUAGCUUAGUUCUGGCUGAAACAGUGACUUCCUGUCUCAGUCAGGUCGACAAGUAAACAGCAGAAGUCUCCAUGAAAACUGUAUAAAAAUAAAGUUUACUGCCUUCCCUGGUAGUGAGGGCUGUACUGUGACAAGACAAACCACCGAGGUACUUCUUAUGAUUGUAGUACAUCACCUCAUACAUUCAGAAUGUGUUAUGUGUAAAAGUUUGUUCAUCUUUUAUAAUGGUCUGUUUUUAAAUGUGAAAGUCUAAAGUUUGUACUGCCUUGAUACACUGCGGUUAUUUUCUGUAUUUCAGGUGUGUUUACCUGCUUUUUCCAGGCAGAAGGGACUCGUUAGUGAGUCUACAGCUGUCCAUGUGAUGUUUACUGUAGCUUAGGUUAGGUUGUGGGUCUCU